AUGCAUCGGGAGUAUCCGCGAUAUCACGGCAAUGGUCUUAGCAUAGUCGAAGCUUCAAUCAACGAGAUACGCAGAGCACUUGAUCAGGGCUGGAUCACCAGUGUUGAGCUCGUGUCAAAAUAUCUGCAUCGAAUUGCGGUUUACGAUCGACAGGGGAAGCUGAAUUCGAUACCUGUCUUGAAUUUAUCAGUCUUCGAAGAUGCGGCUGCAUCAGAUCACCGGCGAGCUAGUGGCCUUCCCAUACGACUACUAGAAGGCAUUCCCUUCACUGUCAAAGAUAGUUAUAAGGUGAAAGGCAUGACUGUAGCAUCCGGUUCGCCUGCGUUUCGAAAUCUCGUAGCCAACGAGGACGCCUUCACUGUUCAAAAGCUUCGAGAUGCUGGCGCUAUCCUGAUUGGGAAAACAAACAUGCCGCCGAUGGCAGCUGGUGGGAUGCAACGCGGUGUCUACGGGCGAGCCGAAAGUCCAUACAAUAAGGAUUAUCUUACCGCCGCAUUCGCUUCGGGGUCUUCUAAUGGAUCGGCAACCUCUACUGCUGCCAGCUUUGCUGCGUUUGGCAUGGCUGAAGAGACGGUAUCAUCGGGAAGAAGCCCUGCCUCUAACAACGGACUAGUAGCUUACACACCCUCGAGAGGACUAAUCUCAAUACGGGGAAACUGGCCUCUAUAUCCUACGUAUUUGCUCGAAAUUUUGGACAUUAUUCUGGUCAAGGAUGAGCGCAGAGCAGGAGACUUCUGGCGAGCCCAGCCUUUUGUCACACUCCCUCCCCUUUCCGAUGUCAGACCGCCGUCCUUCGAGUCCCUGACAAACGCUAAGACGCUACAAGGCAAACGCAUCGGUGUUCCAAAGAUCUAUAUUAGAAAAUCAAAAACCUUGAACAACCCAAUAAAUACCCGUCAAUCCAUCCUAGACCUCUGGUAUCAAGCAAAGAAGACUCUCGAGAGAUUAGGCGCAACAGUGGUUGAGACGGAGUUUCCUCUCAUGACCGAGUACGAUACCGUCAGCACAUUAAAUCCCGCAAAGUCUCCACAAUCAGCAAAUAAUACGGGACUCCGAAACAUGUCUGUUAGCGAUGGCAUCACGGAAGAGUGGAACUCAAUCGAAAGACGCGAGCUUGUUGCCUAUGCUUGGGAUGACUUCUUGCGCCAGAACGGUGACCCUGCCUAUCCAUCACUCUCCAGCGUCGACGCGUCUCAAAUCUUUCCUCGCCCUCCUGGCGCCCUCCAGGAUCGAUAUGGAAAGCUGGGUGCUCCGAUACCAUACUCCACGGUUGUGUCCCUUGUCUCCGAAGACAGAGGAUCGAUCAACUCCCUUCCAGGCAUGGAAGUUGCACUUCAUGCCCUCGAAAAUCGGCGAAAGUCUUUCGAAUUCUGGCUUCAGGUAGAAAACUUCGACUGCAUCGUCUUUCCUGCUAAUGCAGACGUGGGUCGCGCUGAUACAGACACAAAUGAAGCAUCCGCAGAUGCAGCGUGGAAGAACGGGGUUCUAUAUUCCAAUGGCAAUCGCGUGAUCCGACAUUUGGGAAUUCCAACAAUUACGGUUCCCAUGGGAAUCAUGGCGGAUACGCAGAUGCCUGUCGGAUUGACCUUUGCUGGAAAGGCAUAUGAUGAUACGAAGCUGUUGAAGUAUGCAUUUGCGUAUGAAGAGAAGAGUAAGAAUAGGAGAGCGCCUAAAGGGACGCCGGAAUUAGAGAGCGACUUGAUUCAGACCCAGACUAGGGUUGCGAAAGGAGGAGCAAGUCCGCCAAUAGUCACAAUUGAAGGGCAGAAGCGGGUAGAUGGCAAUGGCCGGGCUCUGCUGAGGUUGAUUGUGACUGUUGAUGGCAAAAGUGUUGCCGUUGCCAUUCAAGGUACAAAUUGGGAGACGGAGAGUGAUAUUAAAGUCGAUGCUACCACAGGCAAAGCAGAAAUCCACAAGACAAUGGUUAUUGCUCUUGUGUUGGGUAAAAAUGGACGGUCGACUGCAAAGCUCCUGCUUUUGGAUUAA